UUUUGCGCUCAGGCGUCUCGGCGCGCGAUUUAAAACCAACUCUGGAGACGCGGAGGAGAAGAUGGGACCUCCCUGCCCCGCCACAAUGAAGAACUCUCCUUCAGGGACCCGUGGACGCCACCACAGCACCUCCUCACCUUCAGAGCAGGUGUUCUCCAUGGCCCUGCCCAGGAAGGCCCCUCUCAAUACUCCUGGCACCCCAGUCCUUGAAGACUUUCCUCAGAAUGACGACGAGAAGGAGCGGCUGCAGCGGAGGCGCUCCAGGGUCUUUGACCUGCAGUUCAGCACAGACUCGCCUCAUUUGCUGGCCUCCCCCUCCAGUAGGAAUGUUGAUGUUUCAGCUACGAUUCCUAAGUUUACAAACACACAGAUUACUGAGCAUUACUCCACCUGUAUCAAACUGUCUGCUGAAAAUAAAAUCACCACCAAGAACGCUUUUGGCUUGCACUUGAUUGAUUUUAUGUCAGAGAUUCUUAAACAGAAAGAUGCCGAACCGACCAACUUUAAAGUGGCUGCUGGCACUCUGGAUGCCAGCACCAAGAUCUAUGCUGUGCGCGUAGAUGCCGUCCAUGCUGAUGUGUACAAAGUCCUUGGUGGGCUGGGCAAGGAUGCACCAUCUCCGGAAGAAGAAGAGGGCCAUGGUGCAGAUGGAAGUGCAACCGAAACAGGAACAACCAGGAAGGCUCCAAAGCCAAGGAAGAAGCACUUGUACAAAACCAUCGAGCAGAAUAUAAACAACCUCAAUGUCUCCGAAGCAGAUCGAAAGUGUGAGAUCGAUCCCAUGUUCCAGAAGACGGCAGCCUCGUUUGAUGAGUGCAGUACAGCAGGGGUGUUUCUCUCCACCCUCCACUGCCAUGACUAUAGAAGUGAGCUGCUCUUUCCCUCCGAUGUCCAGACUCUCUCCACUGGAGAACCUCUUGACUUGCCGGAUUUAGGUUGGGUGGAAAUGACCGAUUUAAAAGCGCCCCUGCAGCAGUGUGUGGAAGAUCGCCAGAUCUGCCCUUCCCUGGCGGGGUUCCAGUUCACUAAAUGGGACAGUGAAACGCAUAAUGAGUCGGUGUCGGCCCUGAUGGACAAGUUUAAGAAGAAUGAUCAGGUGUUUGACAUCAAUGCCGAGGUGGAGGAGAGUGACUGCGGGGACUUCCCUGUUGGGGCCUUGGAGGACGACUUUGAUGCCAAUGAUGACCCGGACCACACUGCAGUUGGGGACCACACCGCAGCUGGGGACCACACCAAGUUCGGGAGCUGGAAGGAGCCCUGCCACGUUCAGAGCUGCCAAGAAGAAAUGACUCCCCUCGGGGAUGGAGACAUUUGGAGCUUGUGUCCCCUUCUAUCCAUGAAACCUGGAGAGUAUUCCUACUUUAGCCCCCGAACCAUGUCGAUGUGGGCUGGCCCGGAUCACUGGCGCUUUAGACUCCGGCACAAACAAGAUACUACCUCACAAUCAGAGAACAGAAAGAAGAGCACAAAGAAGGAUUUUGAAAUCGACUUUGACGAUGAUAUUGACUUUGAUGUAUAUUUUCGAAAAACAAAGGCUGCUACUGUUCUGACCAAGUCCACUUUGGAGAACCAGAAUUGGAGAGCCACAACUCUUCCUACAGAUUUCCACUAUGAGACUGAAAAUCUUGUCCAGCUGCAUCUCAAACCAGGCACCAGGUUACUUAAGAUGGCCCAAGGCCAGAGGGCAGGGACCGAGCACUGUGAAGAAAUUGAAGACUAUGAUUACAACAACCCUAAUGACACCUCCAACUUUUGCCCUGGAUUACAGGCUGCUGACAGUGAUUAUGAAGAGUCAGAUGACUUAUUUGUGGGACCAGCUGGGACCUUUGACCAUUCUGGCCAUCCACCUACGACAAAACAAGACAACGAUGACGCGCCUGAAGUCCAAGGAUUAGAUAUCACUACUUACGGGGAGUCAAAUCUGGUAGCUGAGCCCCAGAAGGUAAAUAAAAUUGAAAUUCAGUAUGCUAAGGCUGCCAAAAAGAUGGACAUGAAGAAGUUGAAGCAGAGCAUGUGGAGUUUGCUGACGGAGAUCCCCAAGCAGGCGGAUGCAGAGGCAAACCACAGAGAAAAUGGAGAAGCAGGGGACCCAGUACAGGUGGCUGACAAGAAGCUCAGUGGGCUCACACAGGACCUGCAGAAGAGAGCCUUUGUUCCUCGAAUUGCAGUGACAGCUAAAUACUUACUAGCCUCUUUGUUUUACAGCCUGCCUCCCCUCAUGGCUCAGAACCUCUCCAUACCUCUGGCCUUUGCGUGUCUCCUACAUUUAGCCAAUGAAAAGAAUCUAAAGCUGGAAGGAACUGAGGAUCUUUCAGAUGUUCUGGUGCGGCAGGGGGAUUGAGUCCGCGGGGAGAGAAGCCCUUGCUUCCUCAGUGACCAGGAUGCCUGCACUUGGUGCUUCAGUGCCGUGGGCUGGUGGCAAGGCUGCGGCUGACUGCGCUGUGUGUCUGCUGCUCUUCCCUUCUCUCCUUCACUGUCUGGGAACCAGCUGCCUGACUCUCUGUCCUUGAUUAAAGUUUUCUGUUCUGUGGUGACCACCUAGGAGGGAGGAAAGGGUCCUUACUAUCCUUGAUUAGGCAACUGUGUCCAUUCUUUGUAUCCAUGUAUAGUUUGUCUCCUAAAUUGCUCUGUUUCCAUACUUUAUUCUUGUAGAAAAGAAUUUCCCAGUAGGCACUUGUCCUUUAACAGCUACCAAAUCCAUGUGUAUAAAAUACAUCA